ACGAGAUUGAUUAAAUGUCUGUGUUGCACGCCUUAUUUUGAUAGCCCGUUUAUCAGGAAACGCGCUCCUGAACACUUGCGUUGUGUAUCUUUAUGGAAAUCCAAAUCUGAUUGUACAGCUUACGACACAGUCGAAACCACAACAGUUAAAACCCUCAGAGAUUAGCAAGCACUAUGGCUUCCUGCUGGGCCGCCAACGGCAGGCAAUCGCCUUUCGACGGUAACACCCACGUGCCAUGUAACAUGACCGCCGUAGAGGAAGGUGGUCAUUCGACAUGCUGCCCCAUCGGCGACCUAUGCCUCACAAACGGAAUGUGCCUCAACGUGGAAGACAGGGAUAAGAAGAACUGGUACUGGCGAACGGCAUGUACAGAUAAGGAGUGGAAGGACCCCGCCUGUCCCCUCUACUGUAAAGAGAUCGAACCGGAUAGGAACACAGGCCUGGUAUUCAACUGCCUCAAACCAGACUCGUGGUGCUGCGCAUACGUCGGAGUGGAAGGCCUCAAGGACUGGUCGUCGCGCGCUGAUAUCAACACAACGUGCUGCGCCAUCGCCGACCUGAACUUCUCCGCCGAAGGCCCCAUUGUAUAUGCGACCGCCACCAACCCUAUUCAGGUCAGCAUACAGUCUACCUCAAUUACAACAACCAGUGCGCAUCUCAGCGCCAUCUCGCAAGCGACAAGUGGAGGGACUGCGACAGGCACUGACGAUCUGCCGCCUGAAGUUAGCACCGGGCGGCCCACCGGGCGGCCUAGUGGAGCGCCUUCGCAGGAUGAAUCCUCUUCAGGGCUGAGCACAGGUGCCAAGGUCGGGCUCGGUGUCGGUGUACCGGUUGGCGUGCUUGGUAUCUUGGCAAUUGGUGCGUGUCUUUGGAUGAGACGUAGGAAGCGAGCGACUAAGGCGAAGAAUGUGCCUGAGCUUUAUGCUCACACGGAUAACAAGAGUACCGCACCGCCUUACCAAGAGACUGCAAUGAACCAGCAGGGUGCUGCGGUCUACAGGCAUGAAGCGCCAUCGCCGCAUAUUGCUGCUGAGUUGCCUGCCCAGAUCGAGCCGCAUGAGUUACCACAGCAGACGAGACCAGCAUAGUAAACAUAGGCUGUUAGAGUUAAGUCUUGUACUUUGUCUUUUAUCUCUUACAUUAGAGUUAAUUCUGUGGGUGCUACGUCAACAAGGCGUCCACGACUUAUUACACUAUAUCGUGCUAUACUUUGUUACGGUUAGGUUCGCAACUUAUUUUAUUAUUCUACGUAUCUUAGUUCCUAGUAUAUGAUGCGCCGUGGUAUCGGCCCUUGAUUCUUCCUAAUCGGGUAAUCGUGCAUGUCACAAGACGCUACGAGCACGUGUUCAAGAGCUUACAAGAAGCGUUGAUUGUAGCUACGUACGAUAUCUAGUGUAAUACAAGACG